AUGAACAAUGCGACCAAUUUAAUUGCCAAUGACGCAAAAUCAAUUGUGCAGGCGCAUUUGGACCGUUUGGGUGAAACCAAAGACUCAAAGCUCAGUGAAGAACUGAAGCAAGAAAAAUUUGCUUUAAUCUUAGCCGAGUUGAAAAAGCGCGAUGCGGUAUUGGUAGCGCACUACUAUUGCGAUCCUGAAGUGCAGGAAUUGGCGGAGUUAAGUGGUGGCUGUGUUUCUGAUUCAUUGGAAAUGGCCCGUUUUGGUCGUGAUCAUCCAGCAUCGACCUUGGUGGUGGCGGGGGUUAAAUUUAUGGGUGAAACCUCAAAAAUUUUAUCACCGAAUAAAACCAUUCUGAUGCCAACUUUAGAGGCCACAUGUUCUUUAGAUUUGGGUUGUCCUGUUGAAGAAUUUAGUCAGUUUUGUGAUGCCCAUCCAGACCAUACAGUAGUGGUCUAUGCCAACACUUCAGCAGCCGUUAAAGCCCGUGCUGAUUGGGUGGUGACCUCAAGUUGUGCUGUCGAAAUUAUUGAGCAUCUAGACAGUUUAGGUGAAAAGAUUAUUUGGGCGCCUGAUCAGCAUUUAGGCCGUUAUAUCCAAAAGAAAACAGGCGCAGACAUGUUGCUUUGGGAUGGUGCAUGUAUUGUGCAUGAAGAAUUCCGUGCACGUGGCAUUGCGCAAAUGAAGGCGCUUUAUCCUGAUGCUGCGGUGCUGGUACAUCCUGAGUCACCUGAGUCGGUGGUGGAUGUUGCUGAUGCUGUUGGAAGUACGUCACAACUAAUCAAAGCUGCGCAAACCUUGCCAAAUGAACGACUGAUUGUGGCAACUGAUCGGGGUAUUUUCUACAAAAUGCAACAAGCGGUGCCCAACAAAAUUUUGGUUGAAGCACCAACAGCCGGAGAGGGUGCAACCUGUCGUUCUUGUGCACAUUGUCCGUGGAUGGCAAUGAAUGAGCUGGAUGGUAUUUUAGAGGUAUUACAGCGUGGCGAUCAGGAAAUAUUUGUAGAGCCAGUACUUGCUGAGCGUGCGAAAUUACCUUUAGAUCGCAUGUUGGAUUUCAGUGCAUCGCUAAAACGUGUUGACGUUAUCAAGCGUCACGCCUAG